CCAUCCCAUUUGCCGGCCCAACAUGUCAGUAAUGUUCUGGCUCCUCCCCUUUCCUAAACUGCCGGUACUCUCUGAAAGUUGGCGCCAAACGAGCGUAGUCUGCAGCAUAAGGACUAAACAGCGAAUCGGUGCCGGCGUCAUAAUUCCAGGCUUCUCCAGGGGCGCUAUGAUCGGCCAGAGAACCAUUAACUCGUUUUUCGGGCCUGCAGCAAAGAAAAGAGCUGCACCCGAAGCUUUGGGAGAAGAAGGGCCAUACAAGGGAGAGAUCACACCUGUGAAAAAGAGCCGUCAGUCCGACGAAAAUGAAAUCCCCCCUGCCGUGUCUCCGCCCCUCAGCCCCGAGCAGCUGGAGCGCAUUCAGAGAAACAAGGCGGCUGCUCUGCAGAAACUAGCGGCGCGGCAUGUGCCUGAGGGGCUGGGGCAGAGCUGGAAACAGGCGCUGCUGGCAGAGUUUGCUAAGCCCUACUUUGUUAAGCUAUCGAAUUUUGUUGCAGAAGAGAGAAAGAAAUACACAGUUUAUCCACCCCCAGAAGAGGUAUUCACCUGGACACAAAUGGUUGACAUCAAAGAUGUGAAGGUUGUCAUUUUGGGUCAAGAUCCUUAUCAUGGACCAAAUCAAGCACAUGGACUUUGCUUUAGCGUUAAGAAACCAGUCCCCCCUCCUCCAAGCUUAGUGAAUAUGUACAAAGAACUGGAAACUGAUAUUGAAGGAUUUUCACACCCAGGGCAUGGUGAUCUGACAGGCUGGGCCAAGCAAGGAGUCCUCCUCCUCAAUGCUGUACUGACAGUCCGAGCUCAUAAUGCAAACUCUCACAAGGACUGUGGAUGGGAACAGUUCACAGACUCUGUGGUGUCCUGGCUAAACAAAAACAUGCAUGGUUUGGUUUUCAUGUUGUGGGGAGCUUAUGCUCAGAAGAAAGGCAGCAAUAUUGACAGAAAGAGGCACCUUGUUCUCCAAACUGUGCACCCUUCUCCCCUCUCAGCCCACAGAGGCUUUUUUGGCUGUUGUCAUUUCUCCAAAACAAAUGCCUACCUUCAGGGACUGGGAAAAAAGCCUAUUGACUGGAAAGCUCUGUGAUGAACAUUAUGAUGUCCUGGAGAUGCAAAUUCACUUUUUUUGUAUGUUUGCCACAUUCAGCAAGCACUUAUAGUUGUGGGUAAUAGUUGACGACUCUUGAUUAAACACUAAUAUGUGAUAUUUCUCCACAUAAAUGCUAUUUUAAACCACAGCUAUUUCAUUAUUGGCAAAACUUGUGCCUUACCUUGAUCUGAUCUUUUGUACAGUUUAGUUCAAUUACUAUUUUACUUACUAUGACUUUUGAAAUGGUUGUCUUUAUAAACUGUGUCUUGAUGUUCUUUAAUGCAUAAGAGAAUAACAUGUUAGUAUUUUCCACCUGGGUUUUGGUUAAGCAGUUAAAAAAAACAAAAAAAACUCUGAAAAUAUGCAGCUUAGCCAGAUUCUGGAAAAAGGGAAAGGACCAUGAAAACAUUCUGGAUGUGUUUUUCAAGUGGUACGGUAUCAUCUUAUGACUCUAGGCUAGCUCCAUACAAUAUAGUUUUUAGGAAAUGUUUGUCAUAUAUUUCCAAUAGACUUUUUAUUUUUGAUAAUGUAAUUUUUGUUUAUUAUAAUGUAUGCAAACAUUUGAAAUGUUAAUGAAAGGUGUUUUUAUCAGAGUGCAUAAAUAUAUUCCUUCUGCAUAUUUGUUUUGAUAUGCAAAGAUGGAAAAUCCUGUAGGUAAGCAAGAGAAAAUAUACAGAAAGUAAAAGUAUUUUGCAGUGCUUUACUUUGUAAAGGAUAUUAAUAGAUGAGAUCCCCUGCUUUAUACAUAAGCUUUGUAAGUUUAGGUUUCGGUGAAAAUUUAUUUCGUUUUUUUCCAAGAGAGUGCCAGCUUUAAGUCAAAUUACAAUGAGCAACAUUUUGCAGACUAUAACACUGCUGAAUUAUCAGUUUUCAUUUGUAAUUUACCCAAAACAAUUGUGAAUAGUUGUAAAUAAAAAAUGUAUUUUCCAAUAUUUGCCUGUAGAAGAAUUAUUAAAGAUGGUAAUGUUUACAACAUUUUUGUAAUAAACCAUUUAUAAAAA